AUGGAAGACACCAGACCUGUGUCCACAGGAGUGUCCUCCAGGGAACAUGAUGCACUACGAGAGGCACCGGAGGGCAGCCUUUGCCCAGGGAGCAGAGAUCCACAGGACAGCAGCCCGCUGGCCUCCAGUUCUGCCUCUUCGGUCGCUGAGCCUGAGCAAGAAUCCAGGGAGAAGAGGGACCGGAAGACGAGGAAAUCGGCGGGUGCCCAGCCAGGUGCAUGUCCUCGGUCAUACCCAGGCUUCCUUGUCCGCACACGAAGGGGCGGCGAUGGCCCAGUGACCACACUUCACCAUCACAAAGCAAGGCCUGGUCUCAGCACGAGUUGUCAGAGAAAGGCCCGGGACCUCCCGGCUGGGUCUGCUUCGUACUCACGGGGGCCCUGUGUUCCCUCUGACUCAGCCGCCUUAGACGCUGUCUCGGAGCUGAAGUCGUGGAGGAAGAGGGGGCAGAGGAAGAACAUCUGGACUGUCAAUCAUGUCGAAGGCACAAAACUCAGAAUGAACAAGAGGAGAAGACCCAGUUACCGCCCGGAGGACCAAGAGGCCUUCUACCGGCUUCUAGAGGAUCCCGUCAUCCAGAGCUUCCUGGAAGCUGACAUUUUCCUCAAAGUGUCUGACAAGUACCUGCUGGCCAUGGUGGUGGAGUACUUCGGCCGCGUGGGGCUGCCCGGGCACCUCUACAACAGAAUCCACUUCUUCCUGGCUCUCUACAUAGCCUCCGACAUGGAGGAGGACAACCCCACAUCCAAGCGGAGCAUCUUCCAGUUCCUGCUGGGCAAGGAGCACUGGCCAGACCUCUACAAGGAGUUCCUGAAGCUGAAGGUGGAGUUCUUCCACGCCAUGGACCACCGCGCCUGGGUCACCCCAGAGCUGUGCGAGGAGAUCCAGGCCCAGAAUCCACAUCACUGGGUCUGGAGCCGGGAGCGCCAGUGCGCCCCCUAG